CUGUGUAUGCGUUGACAGGGAUGUAGAUGUAGUCUCCUGAAACAUAACUUACAAGUUGACUGACAGUCUGUCAACUCUGCAACUAGCUAAACCACUGGCUGCAACGGCUGGCAAAGCUAAGCUAAGUAACGCGCUCCUAAAAUGGCUAAAACUACAGAUGCUCAUCUUCCUCUGUCCUCCCUGCACCUGCUGGUUCCUCCACUGAGGUUGAUGUCAGCCUGUAUGUGGCAGGUGGCCCAGGAGAGAAAUGUAGACCAGUAUGACAAACUGGCUGAUUUCAUGACAUUGGUAACAGAGAUGGUCCCAGAGCUUCUGAACUACAAACAGAGGACUCAGAUGAUCCUGGGACUAAGAGCUCGGCUUAUCCUUGAAUUGUUAAAGAGUAUGGAUAAUGUUGACUGUAAAGUUAUCCUGGGCCAUCUUAACCAUUUCCAACAGUGGAUCACAAACUGCAUCAAAGAAGAGGACCAAGAUGGAGAGGUGGGGAUUUCACAGUCAGCAUUUGUGGAGCUGGUUCAGACAUUGCUUAGAGACCAAUCUCAAAAAGAAAGUUUUUUCAAGGAAGUCUUCCCCCUACAGUAUGGAGUUUGUUUUGAUACAGCACUGCAGAUCCUGAUCUGGGAGUUCUUCUACCGACUGGAAGAGUUUCUCCCAGUACCAAGUUUUUCACAGGUAUUCUCCAUGUUUGACCUUUCUUCCACAGAUGACCAGCUUGAGCAGUUUGUUUCUGAUCAUGAAGAUCUUAAGAAAAUUUUGCAGCAUCAACAGGAGCGGCAAAAAUUGACUAAGAGUGAAUUCACCUUCAAGUCAGACACAAUCCUCUCCACACUUGCAUCUAAACAGACUUCAGUGGCACCCAAGGAUCACAUUGAUCAAAAGAUACCUUGGGGGGGUGAGGACAGCAAGCAAGACACUGAGAAACCACAGGGAAGACAUCAAGUAAAGUUAGAAGAGGAGACGCAGCUGCAAGCAAACAGCUGUAGUUUAGAAGAUAUGUGUGAGGAUGACGAAGAGACUGACGACAGUUCCAUCGAAACUAAUCCGACCUCUCAGCCGCAGGAGCAUGGACUGUCACCACUCACUUCCUCACCAUGUUCUGAAGGACAAGAUACUGCAGAUGACAGAGAAGCAGAAGGUGAAGCUGUCUUCCAGCCACCCAGAUGUUCAGAAAACUCAGCAGAAGGAGUGAAGCAACAUCUGGAUCUGAGCAGAAACACAGAGCCAUCAGAAGAGAGCACGGUCCAGUCCUUAACACGAAGCAGAGCCACAGUCUCCUGUCCAUUCAGCAAAGAGUCCACAAGAGCCAAUAAAAAUAGCUGCCUGGAGUGUGGAAAGACUUUUUCAUCUUGUUCUGCCCUGAAAAACCAUCGCUUUGUUCACACUUCGGCACGGCCAUUCAAGUGCACUCAGUGCGACAAGACCUAUAAAAGCCGCAAAGACCUGAAUCAACAUGUCCUUAUUCACUCUAAACCUAAAGUCCUGUCCUUCGCUUGCAGUUUCUGUGAGAAGAGAUUUAGUUCUCAGGGUCUGCUCACAGUUCACCUGCGACAUCACACUGGAGAAAGGCCGUUUGCCUGUUCUUACUGUGACAAGAGAUUCCUGACAAAUUCAGUCCUGAAGUCCCACGUGCGCAUACACACCGGUGAGCGCCCAUAUGCCUGUACUUUAUGUGACAAGAAAUUUACACAGUUGUACCCACGCACUGUGCACCUUAGGAUGCAUAUGAAAGAGAAGCCAUACCUGUGCAGCACAUGUGGUAUGUCUUUCUGUAGCUCUGGGGCCUUGCUGGUGCAUUCACGCAGUCACACAGGGGAGCGGCCUUAUCAGUGUGAUUCCUGCGGAAAAGGUUUCGCCACAGCUGUACAGCUGACACUACAUCGGAGGUCCCACACAGGAGAGAGGCCGUAUGCUUGCUCACAAUGCGACAAAUCCUUCCACAGUAGUUCAGGCCUGAAGAAACACAUGAGGACACACACAGGAGAGAAACCUCACCAAUGUUUAACAUGUCACAAGACAUUUUCCCAAAAAUCAAACAUGAAAAUACACCUCAAAGUUCACAAGAACAUCUAGCAUACUGUUGAGGGAGCUUUUGGAGACAGAUUGUUAUCAUGUGAGUUGUAUCUUAAGUCAAAAGCCUGGUUCAUUUCUAUGUCCAGAAAUGUUGUUUUGUUGCAUCUACAUAUCAGUGAAUCAUUAAUGUCUGUAUGUAAAUAUGAACUUGGGAUACUCAAAUGUUACAUGUUGGGGUGAAUGUAAAUGCACUUAAUGUUUUAGGAAACCAUUAGUAAAGAGAACGUUUAGGGUUCGCCUAUAGGUUUGACACUUGAUUUUAGUAUUAUGCUUAUAGCUGAGGUUAAGAAAAUCCUCUGGGUAGAGGAUGUAAAGCAAUAAAAUGUGUUGACAAAAUUUACCAACAAUAGUGGUUAUACGUGUGUGAGAUAGUAACAGACUUGUGUGCAAAUGUGUGUGACAAUAUAUGGAAAGUAACUCCCAUAAUUUGUGCCUUAUAUUACUUCUGUCCAUAACGUUUGUCUAUGACACUAAUAAA